UGUGUUGUCGCCUCUCCCUCUCGCUGCUUCACUUCACGGGGCGAACAUGGCGCACAGCUGUCGGUGGCGCUUCCCCGCCCGACCCGGGACCACCGGGGGCGGCGGCGGCGGGGGGCGCCGGGGCCUAGGGGGCGCCCCGCGGCAACGCGUCCCGGCCCUGCUGCUUCCCCCCGGGCCCCCGGUCGGCGGUGGCGGCCCCGGGGCGCCCCCCUCCCCCCCGGCUGUGGCGGCCGCGGCGGCGGCGGCGGCGGCGGGAAGCAGCGGGGCUGGGGUUCCAGGGGGAGCGGCCGCCGCCUCAGCAGCCUCCUCGUCGUCCGCCUCGUCUUCGUCUUCGUCAUCGUCCUCAGUCUCUUCAGGGCCGGCCCUGCUCCGGGUGGGCCCGGGCUUCGACGCGGCGCUGCAGGUCUCGGCCGCCAUCGGCACCAACCUGCGCCGGUUCCGGGCCGUGUUUGGGGAGAGCGGCGGGGGAGGCGGCAGCGGAGAGCUAACAACACAGAUCCCAUGUAGUUGGAGAACCAAAGGCCACAUACAUGACAAAAAGACUGAACCGUUCAGGUUACUUGCAUGGAGUUGGUGCUUAAAUGAUGAGCAAUUCUUAGGUUUUGGCUCAGAUGAAGAAGUCAGAGUGCGAAGUCCCACAAGGUCUCCUUCAGUUAAAACUAGUCCUCGAAAACCUCGUGGGAGACCUAGAAGUGGCUCUGACCGAAAUUCAGCUAUCCUCUCAGAUCCAUCUGUGUUUUCCCCUCUAAAUAAAUCAGAGACCAAAUCUGGAGAUAAGAUCAAGAAGAAAGAUUCUAAAAGUAUAGAAAAGAAGAGAGGAAGACCUCCCACCUUCCCUGGAGUAAAAAUCAAAAUAACACAUGGAAAGGACAUUUCAGAGUUACCAAAGGGAAACAAAGAAGAUAACCUGAAAAAAAUUAAAAGGACACCUUCUGCUACGUUUCAGCAAGCCACAAAGAUUAAAAAAUUAAGAGCAGGUAAACUGUCUCCUCUCAAGUCUAAGUUUAAGACAGGGAAGCUUCAAAUAGGAAGGAAGGGGGUACAGAUUGUACGACGGAGAGGAAGGCCACCGUCAACAGAAAGGAUAAAGACCCCUUCGGGUCUCCUCAUUAAUUCUGAACUGGAAAAGCCCCAGAAAGUCCGGAAAGACAAGGAAGGAACACCUCCACUUACAAAAGAAGAUAAGACAGUUGUCAGACAAAGCCCUCGAAGGAUUAAGCCAGUUAGGAUUAUUCCUUCUUCAAAAAGGACAGAUGCAACCAUUGCUAAGCAACUCUUGCAGAGGGCAAAAAAGGGGGCUCAAAAGAAAAUUGAAAAAGAAGCAGCUCAGCUGCAGGGAAGAAAGGUGAAGACACAGGUCAAAAAUAUUCGACAGUUCAUCAUGCCUGUUGUCAGUGCUAUCUCUUCGCGGAUCAUUAAGACCCCUCGGCGGUUUAUAGAGGAUGAGGAUUAUGACCCUCCAAUUAAAAUUGCCCGAUUAGAGUCUACACCGAAUAGUAGAUUCAGUGCCCCGUCCUGUGGAUCUUCUGAAAAAUCAAGUGCAGCUUCUCAGCACUCCUCUCAAAUGUCUUCAGACUCCUCCCGAUCUAGUAGCCCCAGUGUUGAUACCUCCACAGACUCUCAGGCUUCUGAGGAGAUUCAGGUACUUCCUGAGGAGCGGAGCGAUACCCCUGAAGUUCAUACUCCACUGCCCAUUUCCCAGUCCCCAGAAAAUGAGAGUAAUGAUAGGAGAAGCAGAAGGUAUUCAGUGUCGGAGAGAAGUUUCGGAUCUAGAACGACGAAAAAAUUAUCAACUCUACAAAGUGCCCCCCAGCAGCAGACCUCCUCGUCUCCACCUCCACCUCUGCUGACUCCACCCCCACCACUGCAGCCAGCCUCCAGUAUCUCUGACCACACACCUUGGCUUAUGCCUCCAACAAUCCCCUUAGCAUCACCAUUUUUGCCUGCUUCCACUGCUCCUAUGCAAGGGAAGCGAAAAUCUAUUUUGCGAGAACCGACAUUUAGGUGGACUUCUUUAAAGCAUUCUAGGUCAGAGCCACAAUACUUUUCCUCAGCAAAGUAUGCCAAAGAAGGUCUUAUUCGCAAACCAAUAUUUGAUAAUUUCCGACCCCCUCCGCUAACUCCCGAGGACGUUGGCUUUGCUUCUGGUUUUUCUGCAUCUGGUACUGCUACUUCAGCCCGAUUGUUUUCGCCACUCCAUUCUGGAACAAGGUUUGAUAUGCACAAAAGGAGCCCUCUUCUGAGAGCUCCAAGAUUUACUCCAAGUGAGGCUCACUCUAGAAUAUUUGAGUCUGUAACCUUGCCUAGUAAUCGAACUUCUGCUGGAACAUCUUCUUCAGGAGUAUCCAAUAGAAAAAGGAAAAGAAAAGUGUUUAGUCCUAUUCGAUCUGAACCAAGAUCUCCUUCUCACUCCAUGAGGACGAGAAGUGGAAGGCUUAGUACUUCUGAGCUGUCACCUCUCACUCCCCCGUCUUCUGUCUCUUCCUCGUUAAGCAUUUCUGUUAGUCCUCUUGCCACUAGUGCCUUAAACCCAACUUUUACUUUUCCUUCUCAUUCCCUGACUCAGUCUGGGGAAUCUGCAGAGAAAAAUCAGAGACCAAGGAAGCAGACUAGUGCUCCGCCAGAGCCAUUUUCAUCAAGUAGUCCUACUCCUCUCUUCCCUUGGUUUACCCCAGGCUCUCAGACUGAAAGAGGGAGAAAUAAAGACAAGGCCCCUGAGGAGCUGUCCAAAGAUCGAGAUGCUGACAAGAGCGUGGAGAAGGACAAGAGUAGAGAGAGAGACCGGGAGAGAGAAAAGGAGAAUAAGCGGGAGUCAAGGAAAGAGAAAAGGAAAAAGGGAUCAGAAAUUCAGAGUAGUUCUGCUUUGUAUCCUGUGGGUAGGGUUUCCAAAGAGAAGGUUGUUGGUGAAGAUGUUGCCACUUCAUCUUCUGCCAAAAAAGCAACAGGGCGGAAGAAGUCUUCAUCACAUGAUUCUGGGACUGAUAUUACUUCUGUGACUCUUGGGGAUACAACAGCUGUCAAAACCAAAAUACUUAUAAAGAAAGGGAGAGGAAAUCUGGAAAAAAACAACUUGGACCUCGGCCCAACUGCCCCAUCCCUGGAGAAGGAGAAAACCCUCUGCCUUUCCACUCCUUCAUCUAGCACUGUUAAACAUUCCACUUCCUCCAUAGGCUCCAUGUUGGCUCAGGCAGACAAGCUUCCAAUGACUGACAAGAGGGUUGCCAGCCUCCUAAAAAAGGCCAAAGCUCAGCUCUGCAAGAUUGAGAAGAGUAAGAGUCUUAAACAAACUGACCAGCCCAAAGCACAGGGUCAAGAAAGUGACUCAUCAGAGACCUCUGUGCGAGGACCCCGGAUUAAACAUGUCUGCAGAAGAGCAGCUGUUGCCCUUGGCCGAAAACGAGCUGUGUUUCCUGAUGACAUGCCCACCCUGAGUGCCUUACCAUGGGAAGAACGAGAAAAGAUUUUGUCUUCCAUGGGGAAUGAUGACAAGUCAUCAAUUGCUGGCUCAGAAGAUGCUGAACCUCUUGCUCCACCCAUCAAACCAAUUAAACCUGUCACUAGAAAUAAGGCACCCCAGGAACCUCCAGUAAAGAAAGGACGGCGAUCGAGGCGGUGUGGGCAGUGUCCCGGCUGCCAGGUGCCUGAGGACUGUGGUGUUUGUACUAAUUGCUUAGAUAAGCCCAAGUUUGGUGGUCGCAAUAUAAAGAAGCAGUGCUGCAAGAUGAGAAAAUGUCAGAAUCUACAGUGGAUGCCUUCCAAAGCCUACCUGCAGAAGCAAGCUAAAGCUGUGAAAAAGAAAGAAAAAAAGUCUAAGACCAGUGAAAAGAAAGAGAGCAAAGAGAGCAGUGUUGUGAAGAACGUGGUGGACUCUAGUCAGAAACCUACCCCAUCAGCAAGAGAGGAUCCUGCCCCAAAGAAAAGCAGUAGUGAGCCUCCUCCACGAAAGCCCGUCGAGGAAAAGAGUGAAGAAGGGAAUGUCUCGGCCCCUGGGCCUGAAUCCAAACAGGCCACCAUUCCAGCUUCUAGGAAGUCAAGCAAGCAGGUCUCCCAGCCAGCACCAGUCAUCCCCCCUCAGCCACCUACUACAGGACCGCCAAGAAAAGAAGUUCCCAAAACCACUCCUAGUGAGCCCAAGAAAAAGCAGCCUCCACCACCAGAAUCAGGUCCAGAGCAGAGCAAACAGAAAAAAGUGGCUCCCCGCCCAAGUAUCCCUGUAAAACAAAAACCAAAAGAAAAGGAAAAACCACCUCCGGUCAAUAAGCAGGAGAAUGCAGGCACUUUGAACAUCCUCAGUACUCUCUCCAAUGGCAAUAGUUCUAAGCAAAAAAUUCCAGCAGAUGGAGUCCACAGGAUCAGAGUGGACUUUAAGGAGGAUUGUGAAGCAGAAAAUGUGUGGGAGAUGGGAGGCUUAGGAAUCUUGACUUCUGUUCCUAUAACACCCAGGGUGGUUUGCUUUCUCUGUGCCAGUAGUGGGCAUGUAGAGUUUGUGUAUUGCCAAGUCUGUUGUGAGCCCUUCCACAAGUUUUGUUUAGAGGAGAACGAGCGCCCUCUGGAGGACCAGCUGGAAAAUUGGUGUUGUCGUCGCUGCAAAUUCUGUCACGUUUGUGGAAGGCAACAUCAGGCUACAAAGCAGCUGCUGGAGUGUAAUAAGUGCCGAAACAGCUAUCACCCUGAGUGCCUGGGACCAAACUACCCCACCAAACCCACAAAGAAAAAGAAAGUUUGGAUCUGUACCAAGUGUGUUCGCUGUAAGAGCUGUGGAUCCACAACUCCAGGCAAAGGGUGGGAUGCACAGUGGUCUCACGAUUUCUCACUGUGCCAUGACUGCGCCAAGCUCUUUGCUAAAGGAAACUUCUGCCCUCUCUGUGACAAAUGUUAUGAUGAUGAUGACUAUGAGAGUAAGAUGAUGCAAUGUGGGAAAUGUGAUCGCUGGGUCCAUUCCAAAUGUGAGAAUCUUUCAGGUACAGAAGAUGAAAUGUAUGAGAUUCUAUCUAAUCUGCCAGAAAGUGUGGCCUACACUUGUGUGAACUGUACUGAGAGGCACCCUGCAGAGUGGCGACUGGCGCUUGAAAAAGAGCUGCAGAUUUCUCUGAAGCAAGUUCUGACAGCUUUGUUGAAUUCUCGGACUACCAGCCAUUUGCUACGCUACCGGCAGGCUGCCAAGCCUCCAGACUUAAAUCCCGAGACAGAGGAGAGUAUACCUUCCCGCAGCUCCCCCGAAGGACCUGAUCCACCAGUUCUUACUGAGGUCAGCAAACAGGAUGAUCAGCAGCCUUUAGAUCUGGAAGGAGUCAAGAGGAAGAUGGACCAAGGGAAUUACACAUCUGUGUUGGAGUUCAGUGAUGAUAUUGUGAAGAUCAUUCAAGCAGCCAUUAAUUCAGAUGGAGGACAGCCAGAAAUUAAAAAAGCCAACAGCAUGGUCAAGUCCUUCUUCAUUCGGCAAAUGGAACGUGUUUUUCCAUGGUUCAGUGUCAAAAAGUCCAGGUUUUGGGAGCCAAAUAAAGUAUCAAGCAACAGUGGGAUGUUACCAAACGCAGUGCUUCCACCUUCACUUGACCAUAAUUAUGCUCAGUGGCAGGAGCGAGAGGAAAACAGCCACACUGAGCAGCCUCCUUUAAUGAAGAAAAUUAUUCCAGCUCCCAAACCCAAAGGGCCUGGAGAACCAGACUCACCAACUCCUCUGCAUCCUCCUACACCACCAAUUUUGAGUACUGAUAGGAGUCGAGAAGACAGUCCAGAGCUGAACCCACCCCCAGGCAUAGAAGACAAUAGACAGUGUGCUUUAUGUUUGACAUAUGGUGAUGACAGUGCUAAUGAUGCUGGUCGUUUGCUAUAUAUUGGCCAAAAUGAGUGGACACAUGUAAAUUGUGCUUUGUGGUCUGCGGAAGUGUUUGAAGAUGAUGACGGAUCACUAAAGAAUGUGCAUAUGGCUGUGAUCAGGGGCAAGCAACUGAGAUGUGAAUUCUGCCAAAAGCCAGGAGCCACCGUGGGUUGCUGUCUCACAUCCUGCACCAGCAACUAUCACUUCAUGUGUUCCCGAGCCAAGAACUGUGUCUUUCUGGAUGAUAAAAAAGUAUAUUGCCAACGACAUCGGGAUUUGAUCAAAGGCGAAGUGGUUCCUGAGAAUGGAUUUGAAGUUUUCAGAAGAGUGUUUGUGGACUUUGAAGGAAUCAGCUUGAGAAGGAAGUUUCUCAAUGGCUUGGAACCAGAAAAUAUCCACAUGAUGAUUGGCUCUAUGACAAUCGACUGCUUAGGAAUUCUAAAUGAUCUCUCUGACUGUGAAGAUAAGCUCUUUCCUAUUGGAUAUCAGUGUUCCAGGGUAUACUGGAGCACCACAGAUGCUCGCAAGCGCUGUGUAUAUACGUGUAAGAUAGUGGAGUGCCGUCCUCCAGUCGUAGAGCCGGAUAUCAACAGCACUGUUGAACAUGAUGAAAACAGGACCAUUGCCCAUAGUCCAACAUCUUUUACAGAAAGUUCAUCAAAAGAGAAUCAAAACACAGCUGAAAUUAUAAGUCCUCCAUCACCAGACCGACCUCCUCAUUCGCAAACCUCUGGCUCCUGUUAUUAUCAUGUCAUCUCAAAGGUCCCCAGGAUUCGAACACCCAGUUAUUCUCCGACACAGAGAUCCCCUGGCUGUCGGCCGUUGCCUUCUGCAGGAAGUCCUACCCCAACCACUCAUGAAAUAGUCACAGUAGGUGAUCCUUUACUCUCCUCUGGACUUCGAAGUAUUGGCUCCAGGCGUCACAGUACCUCUUCCUUAUCACCUCAACGGUCCAAACUCCGGAUAAUGUCUCCAAUGAGAACUGGGAAUACUUACUCUAGGAAUAAUGUUUCCUCAGGCUCCACCAUUGGGACCGCUACUGAUCUUGAAUCAAGUGCCAAAGCAGUUGAUCAUGUCUUAGGGCCACUGAAUUCAAGUACUAGUUUAGGGCAAAACACUUCCACCUCUUCAAAUUUGCAAAGAACAGUGGUUACUGUAGGCAAUAAAAACAGUCACUUGGAUGGAUCUUCAUCUUCAGAAAUGAAGCAGUCCAGUGCUUCAGACUUGGCCUCUAAGAGCUCCUCUUUAAAGGGAGAGAAGACCAAAGUGCUGAGUUCCAAGAGCUCAGAGGGAUCUGCACAUAAUGUGGCUUACCCUGGAAUUCCUAAACUGGCCCCACAGGUUCAUAACACAACAUCUAGAGAACUGAAUGUUAGUAAAAUUGGCUCCUUUGCUGAACCCUCUUCGGUGUCGUUUUCUUCUAAAGAGGCCCUCUCCUUUCCACACCUCCAUUUGAGAGGGCAAAGGAAUGAUCGAGACCAACACACAGAUUCUACCCAAUCAGCAAACCCCUCUCCAGAUGAAGAUACUGAAGUCAAAACCUUGAAGCUAUCUGGAAUGAGCAACAGAUCAUCCAUUAUCAAUGAACAUAUGGGAUCUAGUUCCAGAGAUAGGAGACAGAAAGGGAAAAAAUCUUGUAAAGAAACCUUCAAAGAAAAGCAUUCCAGUAAAUCUUUUUUGGAACCUGGUCAGGUGACAACUGGUGAGGAAGGAAACUUGAAGCCAGAGUUUAUGGAUGAGGUUUUGACGCCUGAGUAUAUGGGCCAACGACCAUGUAACAAUGUUUCUUCUGAUAAGAUUGGUGAUAAAGGCCUUUCUAUGCCAGGAGUCCCCAAAGCUCCACCCAUGCAAGUAGAAGGAUCUGCCAAGGAAUUACAGGCACCACGGAAACGCACAGUCAAAGUGACACUGACACCUCUAAAAAUGGAAAAUGAGAGUCAAUCCAAAAGCACCCUGAAAGAAAGUAGUCCUGCUUCCCCAUUGCAAAUAGAGUCAACAUCUCCCCCAGAACCAAUUUCAGCCUCUGAAAAUCCAGCAGAUGGUCCAGUGGCCCAACCAAGCCCCAAUAAUACCUCAUGCCAGGAUUCUCAAAGUAACAACUAUCAGACUCUUCCAGUACAGGACAGAAACCUAAUGCUUCCAGAUGGCCCCAAACCUCAGGAGGAUGGCUCUUUUAAAAGGAGGUAUCCCCGUCGCAGUGCCCGUGCACGUUCUAACAUGUUCUUUGGGCUUACCCCACUCUAUGGAGUAAGAUCCUAUGGUGAAGAAGACAUUCCAUUCUAUAGCAGCUCAACUGGGAAGAAGCGAGGCAAGAGAUCGGCUGAAGGACAGGUGGAUGGGGCCGAUGACUUAAGCACUUCGGAUGAAGACGACUUAUACUAUUACAACUUCACUAGAACAGUGAUUUCUUCAGGUGGAGAGGAACGACUAGCAUCCCAUAAUUUAUUUCGGGAGGAGGAACAGUGUGAUCUUCCAAAAAUCUCACAGUUAGAUGGUGUUGAUGAUGGGACAGAGAGUGAUACUAGUGUCACAGCCACAACAAGGAAAAGCAGCCAGAUUCCAAAAAGAAAUGGUAAAGAAAAUGGAACAGAGAACUUAAAGAUUGAUCGACCUGAAGAUGCUGGGGAGAAAGAACAUGUCAUUAAGAGUUCUGUUGGCCACAAAAAUGAGCCAAAGAUGGAUAACUGCCAUUCUGUAAGCAGAGUUAAAACACAGGGACAGGACUCCUUGGAAGCUCAGCUCAGCUCAUUGGAGACAAGCCGCAGAGUCCACACAAGUACCCCCUCAGACAAAAAUUUACUGGACACCUAUAAUACUGAGCUCCUGAAAUCAGAUUCAGACAAUAACAACAGUGAUGACUGUGGGAAUAUCCUGCCUUCAGACAUUAUGGACUUUGUACUAAAGAAUACUCCAUCCAUGCAGGCUUUGGGUGAGAGCCCAGAGUCAUCUUCAUCAGAACUCCUGAAUCUUGGUGAAGGUUUGGGUCUUGACAGUAAUCGUGAAAAAGACAUGGGUCUUUUUGAAGUAUUUUCUCAGCAGCUGCCUACAACAGAACCUGUGGAUAGUAGUGUCUCUUCCUCUAUCUCAGCAGAGGAACAGUUUGAGUUGCCUCUAGAGUUACCAUCUGAUCUAUCUGUCUUGACCACCCGGAGUCCCACGGUCCCCAGCCAGAAUCCCAGUAGACUAGCUGUGAUCUCAGACUCAGGGGAGAAGAGAGUAACCAUCACAGAAAAAUCUGUAGCCUCCUCUGAAGGUGACCCAGCACUGCUGAGCCCAGGAGUAGAUCCAACUCCUGAAGGCCACAUGACUCCUGAUCAUUUUAUCCAAGGACACAUGGAUGCAGACCACAUCUCUAGCCCUCCUUGUGGUUCAGUAGAGCAAGGUCAUAGCAACAAUCAGGAUUUAACUAGAAACAGUAGCACCCCUGGCCUUCAGGUACCUGUUUCCCCAACUGUUCCUAUCCAGAACCAGAAGUAUGUGCCCAAUUCUACUGAUAGUCCUGGCCCGUCUCAGAUUUCCAAUGCAGCUGUCCAGACCACUCCACCCCACCUGAAGCCAGCCACUGAGAAACUCAUAGUUGUUAAUCAGAACAUGCAGCCACUUUAUGUUCUCCAAACUCUUCCAAAUGGAGUGACCCAAAAAAUCCAAUUGACCUCUUCCGUUAGUUCUACACCCAGUGUGAUGGAGACAAAUACUUCAGUACUGGGGCCCAUGGGAAGUGGUCUCACCCUCACCGCAGGACUAAAUCCAAGCUUGCCAACUUCUCAAUCUUUGUUCCCUUCUGCUAGCAAAGGAUUGCUACCCAUGUCUCAUCACCAGCACUUACAUUCCUUCCCUGCAGCUACUCAAAGUAGUUUCCCACCCAACAUCAGCAGUCCUCCUUCAGGCCUGCUUAUUGGGGUUCAGCCUCCUCCAGAUCCCCAACUUUUGGUUUCAGAAUCCAGCCAGAGGACAGACCUCAGUACCACAGUAGCCACACCCUCCUCUGGACUCAAGAAAAGACCCAUAUCUCGUCUACAGACCCGAAAGAAUAAAAAACUUGCUCCCUCUAGUACCCCUUCAAACAUUGCCCCUUCCGAUGUGGUUUCUAAUAUGACAUUGAUUAACUUCACACCCUCCCAGCUUCCUAAUCAUCCCAAUCUGUUAGAUUUGGGGUCACUUAAUACUUCAUCUCAUCGAACUGUCCCCAACAUCAUAAAAAGAUCUAAAUCUAGCAUCAUGUAUUUUGAACCGGCACCCCUGUUACCACAGAGUGUAGGAGGAACUGCUGCCACAGUGUCGGGCACAUCAACAAUAAGCCAGGAUACUAGCCACCUCACAUCAGGGUCUGUGUCUGGCUUGGCAUCCAGUUCCUCUGUCUUGAAUGUUGUAUCCAUGCAAACUACCACAACCCCUACAAGUAGUGCAUCAGUUCCAGGACACGUCACCUUAACCAACCCAAGGUUGCUUGGUACCCCAGAUAUUGGCUCAAUAAGCAAUCUUUUAAUCAAAGCCAGCCAGCAGAGCCUGGGGAUUCAGGACCAGCCUGUGGCUUUACCGCCAAGUUCAGGAAUGUUUCCACAACUGGGGACAUCACAGACCCCCUCUACUGCUGCAAUGACAGCAGCAUCUAGCAUCUGUGUGCUCCCCUCCACUCAGACUACAGGCAUAACAGCCGCUUCACCUUCUGGGGAAGCAGACGAACACUAUCAGCUUCAGCAUGUGAACCAGCUCCUUGCCAGCAAAACUGGGAUUCAUUCUUCCCAGCGUGAUCUUGAUUCUGCUUCAGGGCCCCAGGUAUCCAACUUUACCCAGACGGUAGACGCCCCUAAUAGCGUGGGGCUGGAGCAGAACAAGGCUUUAUCCUCAGCUGUGCAAGCCAGCUCCACCUCUCCUGGGGGUUCUCCAUCCUCUCCAUCCUCUGGACAGCGGUCAGCAAGCCCUUCAGUGCCGGGUCCCACUAAACCCAAACCAAAAACCAAACGGUUUCAGCUGCCUCUAGACAAAGGGAAUGGCAAGAAGCACAAAGUUUCCCAUUUGCGGACCAGUUCUUCUGAAGCACACAUUCCAGACCAAGAAGCAACGUCCCUGACCUCAGGCACAGGGACUCCAGGAGCAGAGGCUGAGCAGCAGGAUACAGCUAAUGUGGAGCAGUCCUCCCAGAAGGAAUGUGGGCAACCUGCAGGGCAAGUGGCUGUUCUUCCGGAAGUUCAGGUGACCCAAAAUCCAGCAAAUGAGCAAGAAAGUACAGAACCUAAAACAGUGGAAGAAGAAGAAAGUAAUUUCAGCUCUCCACUGAUGCUUUGGCUUCAGCAAGAACAAAAGCGGAAGGAAAACAUUACUGAGAAAAAACCCAAGAAAGGACUUGUUUUUGAAAUUUCCAGUGAUGAUGGCUUUCAGAUCUGUGCAGAAAGUAUUGAAGGUGAGUGGAUUAAAUCAGAUUGACUCAUCAGCAGAAGCCCUGUUUCAGCUAGAGCUUCAUUUUCUGAGUAUUAGCACCAUUUAGGUGGAUGUUUUAUGCUAGGAAGUAUGGGGGAUACCUGGAGGCAUCAUACAUUUUCCUUGUCCUUGAGAAGUUUGUCUUGUUGGAGAAAUAGCCAUAUUUUACAUGAAAAGUCAAUGAUACAGAUUAUGUUUUCAACAUUGCACACACCUUAGCGGAGCCCAUGAGAACCCUGCUUCCCCCCCAGCCUUGUCUUUUGCCAUUCCCUCAUGCGCCUUCUGUGCCCUUCUCUCUCCCUUGUGUGCCUUCACACAUGCUUUCUCCUCUGCCUGGAGUUCUCUCCCUGCCCUCAAUCACCUGGUGAGCUCCAGCUCACCCUUCAAGAUCCAGCUCAGACAGUCUCUCCUGACCUUCUGAGGUAGCUAAGCCCUCCCUCUCCCUCCUUUUGAAUCGUACAUGUUCUUCUCUCAUAGCUUAAAAUUUAUUUUGUACAUGUUUGUUUACUUUUAUCACUCACUCAACAGCGAACUCUCCAUAAGGGCUAGAAUUUUAUUUUCUUAUUCAUCUUUGUAUCGCAAGCAUGUAGGUAUUCAUCCGCCUUUGAAGGACUAGUAAAUGUUCUCUAGGCUGUAAGUACUAGAAGAGUUCAAGGAGAGAAAGGUCACCGUGGGUGAGUUAGGGUUAUCAAAAACCCAUGAAAAUUAAAAGAAGAUUCUAUUAAAGGAGAAAAUGGAAUUUUGGUUAGGCAAAGAAGAAUGCAGGGCUCUCUAGGAAGAAGAAGGAAGGUAAGCAAAGUUAGAAAGGCAUGAUUGCAUUUGGUGGGUUUAGAGUAGUGUCAGGUGAGAUGGCGUUGAAAUCCAUGUCAGGUGGUAGUGAAAGAAAAUUGGGAAGGUGGAUUGGGACAAGUUUUAGAGGGCCUUCAGUGCCAAACCAUGAGGCCUUUGAAAACUUGAGGGAGUGAAUAGAAGCAGAAUUUCAGGAAACAUAAUGUGAUAAGCUCUCUAUAUAAGACAGAUUGAACUGGAGAUGCUCAAAGACGAGAGUUCACUAAUGAGAGUAUUGCUAGAGUAGAGAUGUCUGGUAAUAAAACCCACAUUUGGUGGGAAAAGAAAGGAAAGGAAAGAAGAAUGAACACACUUGGUUGAAUAUGGAGAGGGGAGAGUCAAAGAUGACCCUAAAGAUUCAGGCCUGGGUGACUAAAACAAAAGAUAAUGCAUGGAGAACAAAGGAGAUAAGUAAGGAGUAUGGAGGUUCCACAAAAGACAUUGAUGUGGAGUAAUGUAAGAAAUCCAUGUGGAAAUGCCUAGAAAACUGGAAGAGAUUACAGAAUCUUGGGUUAGAGCUGGAA